AUUUGAUUUGUAUAGUGUCAAACCUUAACGGUCGUUCCGUGUUUCAAAAUAUUUAAAACAUUUGUAUUUUGUAAUUUUAUCACUAUAUUUUUCAUUUUAAAUGAAAGUUUCUACUCACAUCAAUCGCGUGAAUAUUAUUGGUGUAUCUAAGAGAUGUCCACGAACGAAUUUGUUGCAAAAUUAAAAGCAACCGGAACUGAAAAACAGUUGUGUGAUUUGGCCAAAUAUUUGGAAGAAUACAGGGGUCUUCUAAAAACUAUAAACAUUAAGGAGAGAGGUUCACUCUCUCUGAACAUCUUGUGUAUACUUAUCAGGAACUUAGACACAGUCCCAGCAUGGAGAACCUCUAUCAGCUUCAAGGUGCUGCUGGAGCUCAGCGUGGAGUGCGUGCGCCACACCCGCAGCCUCCAGCAGCCGCUGCUGGUGAAGAGUCUGGGCUGCGUCUACCGCCUACACAAGCAUGUCGUCAAUGAGAAAUCACCAAUACCACCAGAGUUAGUGCUCAAACUGUCAUACAUGUCAUUCGAAUAUGACGACGGGUCCUUACUCAACGAAUACUACAAGACGUAUGCCUAUAUCAUUAUAGACAGAGUGACGUACAUAGAUAAGUUGAAGUCUAAACUUAAAAUACUGAAGCUACUACCAAAACUUAUAGAAGAUAUAACGAAAACUAUUAAAAUAUAUGACACAGUACAAUUCUGUACAGAUAUGUUAACGUUUAUUAUAAAAAAAAUAUCUUAUGUCUUUAAUGACUGGCCUGCUGAAGUUAACGAUUCGAUUGGAAAAAUAUUUGAGUGUAUAGCAUGUAGUGAUAUGAAACAAUUCAAAAACCUAUCUGAAAAACAAGCUAUUGAUUUGUUUGUUAAAUUUAACGAAUGUCUGCUAACUGUAACGGAAAAUUCUUUGCGAAUCAACUGCAAGAAUCCCAUAUUGGAUUCAGUUACCAGAGUCUGUGUUUCUAUACUCGGACACAUACCUGAUAUGUUCCACUGCUUCCAAACUAUCUUUCUCAACUCUUUCUGCUGUAUAUUUAACGAUAAAACUAAUCCUACACUGAUAGACAAUCUAUUAAAAAACAUACUGACUUCGUGUGAAAUGACAGAAAAAUUGGGCUACAAGAGCACAAUAUACGCGACAUAUCCAUUCAUAAGUCAAUGUUUAAGACUCUAUAUUGAAUAUUGUGUUAAUAAUGAAAAGUCUGAUCAUAUCAAUGAAGAAACACAAGCAAGCUGCUUUAAUCUGGUGAUCUUUCUGAUGGAGAAAUUAAAAACAACCAAACAACUGAGUAAAUGUGAAAACUGUAACAUUAAAACUGGUUUGCAUGACGCUCUCCGUGUUGCUUUAACCGUAAAACAUAUUGUUAUAAUGUCUCUAAAUAAAAAUAUUGACUCAAAGACUAACUUACCGUUAUAUUUAACUAUAGUGGAGCACCAGUAUGUGGUACUGGAAGAAUUAAACAAAUUGAAAUGCCCAAAUCAGGAACGCUGUUUCAGAAAACUGCAAAUAGACAUCAACAAUUUAGCUGUGAUGUUGAAUAAACACAAACAUUACGAGCAUUCAAUCAAAUUAUUCGAUAUUUACCUCAAAUAUGAGUUGAAAUAUUUGAAAAGUGACGCGGAUUUCAAAAAUAUCAGCAGAGCGCUAUACAACAAGGGCAUUUGUGAACUGGACGCGAAGGAUUACAAGAAAUCGUUGAUCAAUGCAUAUUUGAGUUUAGUGUUCUCAUUACCAGACGGAUUAGAAUCAGAGAAGUACAUGAGUCUCGUUAUAGAUGUCAAGUCAAAGGCUCUGCAAAGUGUAACGGAAGGUUCCUCUGACAAAAUUACCGAUAUGCAAGCUAUGUCUAUUUUGGAAGCCUGCAAUUUGGUAUACGAAGAUGAAGAUUAUGGACAUUUCAAAAUGUAUUUGAAAAAUCUUAAUUUCUGCUCACUGCUAAAACACGAGUUCUCAAUGUACACAAAGCUGUGGGCUUCUGCGGUGCCACUUGCCGGCGUGUGCACCGCCUUGCUCGAGAUGAGCGCACGCAAGCCUACGUGGAUCAAAGCAGAGCCAACGGAGUCGGUGCUGGGGGCGCUGUACGAGGCGGUGCUGGAGGCGCCGGCCGCCGUGCGCAGCGUGCACUGCCAGCGCCUGCGAGACGUAGUGUGGCGCCUCGCAGACAUCCUGCAGCGUGCCGAGUUGUCGGUAGCAGAGCAAGUGGUGCACGGUGGCGUGCUGCUGCUCAAGGCUGAGUACGAGCUGUCGGAGGCGGCCGACAGGUUCGCGUGGAAGAUGACGGACCAUACCAGCAACCCGUUCCAAGAGGGCGCGCGCCGCACCGCGCAACAGGAGUACGACGCCACGCGCUCAGCGCUGCGCGGCGCCGAGCUGCUGGCGCGCGCGGUGCUGGAGUUCGAGCCCGGCAUGCUGUCCAGCUCCGUGCUGCAGCGAGUGGUGCAGCUGGUCUGCGUGUCGGUGGAGCAUCUGCUGCUGCUGCACUGGUUCGCGCACGCGGCGCUGCUCGCGAUCGCCGGCUGCCAACUGGCGCAGCGCGCGGGCGACAAACUGUCGUACAUGCUGUGUGCGAGCACACUGGUCUACCACAGCGAGCGCCAGCCGCGCGUGGACGUCACGGUGACGACAGCUGUCACGUACGCCGCCGAGUGUCUGACGGACGGACAGCACCUGGACGCGGCGCUGUGUCUGCUGUGCGACGUCGCGAUGUACUACACAAGGAGCGGGCGCCUGGCGGUCGCGGGCCGGCUGCUGCAGACGGUGCAGCGGAGACUACUCACCGCCUGCGAGAACCAACGAGACGACACUUUGCAGCUGUCGGCGGGGCGGCUGCUGGCGGCGCAGGCGCAGCUGUGCGGCGGCGCGGGGCUGAGCGCGCUCGGCGCCGCCAACUGCCUGCAGCGGCACUACCUCGCCGCGCUCCACACUGCAGGCAGCAGCUGGAGCGCGCGGCGCCGCACCGCGCUGCACGUGAAGCGCUGCAUCGCGGCGAGCGGCGCGCGCGGCGCGGGGGCUGCCCGCCGCCUGGCGCUGUGGCGACGCGCUGCCGCGGCCGCCGCCGCCGCGCUGCCCGCCGCCGGCGCCGCCGCGCGCGCGCUGCUGCGGGCCGCGGCACUCAACGCGCACGACCCGGACGCGCAGACUCAACUGUCCCUGUGGCUGGAGCCCGCCACGCCGCGGCGCGAGGACAUCGCACACCAAACAGAACGGAAGACGCAACUGUUCUCUCCCACACACAACGUGGAGCUCAUGCUGGACGGCAUGCACGCGCGCACGCACAGCCCGCACCCCCCGCCCGCGCACUUCCGCACGCCGGGCUGUCUGCGGCACGCCGCCCCGUGCGCGUGCCAUGCGUGCGUCUCCCCCGCGGGCGUGCUGCUCGCAUGCAGACUGGCGGCCUUGCAAGCCUCCGCAUACUUCCGCGCCGCGGAGUUCCGCACCGCCAGAGACCACUUCGCCGGAGUCCAGACAGUGCUCCGACUGGCUGAGGACAAACUGAAACACAUAUUCUGCGAUUACAGAGCCAAACAGUUUGAUGACGUAGCUGUAGGUAUCGCUGAAAAGAUGUCCUACGACGAAUUCAAAACGAUUCAGUUGGAGUUUUUGAUUGAAUUGUCCUUUUUCGAGCUGUCUCAAAGGGAGUUCGAAAACGCUGACGAUUGUAUUGUGAAUAUACACGAGAUGUUGGCGGAGUCCACAAAUGUAGACCCGUAUUUAAAACAUGACGUCUCAAAUUUACUAGUCGCGUACGCUAACUUGAAGAGGACUAAAGUGAUUAAAGAAACCGGUCUCGAACUGGACAUGGAGGAACUAAAACUGAGUCCUCGGCUGCUGAAGACACCAGAGUCCAAACCGAUUCCCAAAGUGUGCGAGACGAACAAAAUUGUAGACAAGGAGGAACUGCCGAAGAAGUUUAAACUGUUGGCUCCCCCCAACUUUGAUGAAGAGGACGACGAUGAUGCAGAGAACGUCAAAGAUGGAGUCCCAAAAAAGAAACCCACAAAUUUCAAAAUACCAGUCCCGGCGACUUCGAAACCUGUUUUGGAAAACUUCACUCCGAGACCGACCCGGUCGAGGCCCAAGAUAUUAAUAUCUCAACCGAGUGCAGAUGUUUUUUCGACCCCAAAAACAAUACCAGAUUUGGAAUUUUCGACCCCUUGCCAGACGCCCGCGGAGUUCUUCACUCCAAUGACUUCAAUAAAGACUUACACCAAAAGGAACAUAGUCGCCAAGAAUUUGGAAAAUGAAUUUUCGACCCCAAAAGUUAAAAAUUCAAAAAAGGACAUCGAGGAGCUGUCGACUGAACCUGCCAAAGCUCUGAAAGCCCCGGAGUCGGGCCGGAGGACCAGGUCCAAAGUCGAAAGUGGGACUAUAAAAGGACUUUCGGAUAAAAAGGCUUUGAAAAGAGCCACGAGUCCCGGGAAACUUGUAGAUGAAAAGGUUACUCGUGCUAGAAACUCUAAAUAGUUUUGUAGAAUAAUAUUUUUGAAUAUAUAAUUUAAUAUUAAUAUAGCUGAUUAAUUGAAAUAUACUUCUAGUACAAGAUUUAAAAAUUUCCAAAAAAAAAAAAAAACUACUUUUUCAGUUUAUUAUAUUAUGUUAUACUACAUAACUAAUAAUUAUGUAUUAUGAAUGUUAAGUUCAGUUUUGUAAAGUGAAAUUUUGAAUUUUGACGUGCAGUUUGAAUAAAUCAUUUAAUCACCAAUUAGUGUUAAAAUAGAA